UUCAACAUCAAUUCCUUGUAUGUUCAACAUAAUGUAGGUGAGACCAAAGGUAGUGGUGAUGGUACUGAUGAUACUGAAGGCAAUGUAGCUCUUGGGGAAGGUGCUGAUGCAAUGACAGGUGAUGGACUAGGGUUGGGUGCAUCAACUGGGGAUGGGGCAGAAGUUGUUGUAGGUGCAAUAUUGUCUGUAUGGGCAUGUAUAUUCUUAGCACCUGCAGAUGAAAAAGGUAUAGGUGCAGGAGCUACGGGUGGGGGAGGGACAUUUACUUUAAGUAUAUAG